UCCCUCUCCUUUUCCACAGCUGGGAGCCCGAGGAGCUGCUGUGCUGGGAGGACCCUGUCUGCAGGAUGUUCUCUCCACCAAAGAGCUCCCUGUGAGCGGCGAUGAUGAUGAUGACAGUCCCGGCGGAGCCUUGGGAAGCACUGACAUUGCAGUAGCCCAGCACCCGGGGACGGCCUCUGACCCCUCCUUCUCGAGACCCCGCCCUCCCAGCGCUCACCGGGAUGGUGUAUUAACCAAGAGGAACCCUGCUUCUUUCCUCCUCACCCUUCCAUUUUCGGCAGCUCUGGGAUUUGUAUGGCAGCAGCGUAACCGUGGAGAGGCCGGGGUAUCACAAACUUAUGGAUUUUGAUAAGAGAGGAGGGAAAGGGGAGCUGGAGGAAGGUAAAAGGAUGUCCAAGACAGGUGGAGGAAGGAGUGGUCAUGGAGGCCGGGGUGCUGGAACCAACUCGGGAGUCUUAAUGGUGGGUCCCAACUUCCGUGUCGGCAAGAAGAUCGGAUGCGGCAAUUUCGGGGAGCUCCGUCUAGGGAAGAAUCUCUACACAAACGAAUACGUAGCUAUCAAAUUGGAACCCAUAAAAUCCCGGGCCCCCCAGCUGCACCUGGAGUAUCGGUUCUACAAACAGCUCGGCAAUGCAGAAGGAAUUCCUCAGGUUUACUACUUUGGCCCCUGUGGGAAGUACAACGCCAUGGUGUUGGAGCUGCUCGGACCCAGCCUGGAAGAUCUCUUCGAUCUGUGUGAUCGGACCUUCACGCUCAAAACCGUCCUGAUGAUCGCAAUCCAACUGAUCACACGGAUGGAGUACGUCCACACCAAAAGCCUGAUCUACAGAGACGUCAAGCCAGAGAACUUCCUGGUGGGGCGGCCGGGCAGCAAGCGGCAGCACACCAUCCACAUCAUCGAUUUUGGCCUGGCCAAAGAGUACAUUGACCCCGAGACCAAAAAACACAUCCCCUACCGAGAGCACAAGAGCCUGACAGGGACAGCGCGUUACAUGAGCAUCAACACCCACCUGGGGAAAGAACAAAGCCGCAGGGACGACCUGGAAGCAUUAGGGCACAUGUUUAUGUACUUCCUCCGUGGGAGCCUUCCUUGGCAAGGCCUCAAGGCCGACACACUAAAAGAGAGGUACCAGAAGAUUGGUGACACCAAAAGAGCCACCCCAGUGGAGGUGCUCUGUGAGAACUUCCCAGAGGAGAUGGCCACCUACCUGCGCUACGUGCGGCGCCUGGAUUUCUUCGAGAAGCCCGACUACGACUACCUGAGGAAGCUCUUCACAGACUUGUUCGAGAGGAACGGUUACGUGUUCGACUAUGAAUACGACUGGGCAGGGAAACCUCUGCCCACUCCCAUUGGCACGAUGCACAGCGAGGUGCAGGUGCAGCCCCCGAACAGAGACAAAGCACAGCCACACACCAAACACCAGGUGAUGAGCUCCACCAACGGAGAGCUGAACACAGAUGACCCGACGGCAGGACAUUCGAACGCCCCCAUCACAGCCCCCACCGAGGUGGAGGUGACAGACGAUACAAAGUGCUGCUGUUUCUUCAAGAGAAGGAAGAGGAAAACCACCAAGCGUCGCAAGUGAGCUGCCGGGGCCGGGCGGAGCGGCGAGCGCUGGCUCCUCUCCCUCUGGCCGUGGCUGCGUCCUGACCCGCGGAGCCGCGGCCCCUCGGGCUGGGCGGGGCGGGGGGGGGGGGGGGG